CCAUUAUGAAGUGGUGCCUGGGCCAAGAUGGGUCCAGCGGCUGCGUAUCCAACUUGAUCAACACCACUUGUCAUUCCGACAACCUCUUUGGGGUGAUAUCACUAAGUACAAUGAGCUGGACGGGGUUCAAGAAGUCGCUGAAUAGGGCGGGUACAACGGUCUUACAAAAGACCGGACAGAUAGAACGCACGAUAGAUCGUGAAUUUGCGGAUGAAGAAGGCCAAGUACAGAGCGUACGUUCAUCCGCAGUUCCGUCUCCUUGUCAUUUAACUUGGCCCAGCUUCGAGAAGGAGUGUCAGGCGUUGCAAAGGGACGCCAAGCAAUAUCAGGAUGCCAUGCGCUCGAUGACAACUACACAGGCGCGGUUGGCUGAGACCAUCGAGACUUUCUACGGCGCUGCAGAUCGCACAUCAGAUGGUGCUAUGGCCAGUCAUGCUUUCACGAGCGCAGUUGAGGAGCUUGAUAGUGGCAUUCAGAGGGAACUUGAAGGUCCUUAUCGUACGACAAUCAUGGAACCCCUCGGGAAGAUGAAUGCAUACUUCCCGGUCGUUAACGAGCAUAUCACCAAACGGAACAAGAAGCUCCUGGACUUCGACGCUGCACGUAGCAAACUACGAAAGACGAUCGAGAAACCAAGUGAAGACCCUACAAAGCUUCCAAAAGCACAACAAGAACACGACGAUACGAAAGAGGUUUUCGAGCUCAUGAAUGAUCAACUCAUCUCGGAGCUCCCACAGCUCUUGGAUCUGCGCAUACCGUAUUUUGAUCCCAGUUUCGAGGCUAUGAUUCGCAUGCAAUGUAAGUUUGCCGAGGAAGGAUAUGAGAAGAUGAGCGCUGUACAGAGGUGGGUUUUGGGUUUCAGGAAUGACGAGUGCGGAUCUGGCUUAUGCUAUGAUCAGGUCGAGGCGGUCUUACAGGAAAUGAGAGAACUAUCUAUCUGCGGGGCGAACUGAUCCCUUCACAUAUCUCAUGUAUACCAUGUAUACUACCUACUGUUCGGGUAGAUUCUGCCUUCGGACGACAUAGUAUUAAUGCGUGUAGAACCCUUGUAAGGUUGCAUAUUCCGUGACUGCAUUAAAAAGACUAGUUAGUGACCUCAUCUGCGUUCAGCAUUCGCGUUCGAGUUUAGCACACGCAUCUGUAUACGGGUUCCCGUGUGUGUUGUAUAUACCAAGUAGUUUUCUUACUAGUCAAAAACGCAAAGACAACGCUAGGACAACAGACUCUUCUGCACCGUAACUCUC